AUGUCAACAUCAUGUCAACAUUCAAGUCAACAUUUCAAGUCAACAUUCAAGUCAACAUUCAGUCAACAUUCAAGUCAACAUUCAUGUCAACAUUCAAGUCAACAUUUCAUGUCAACAUCAAUCAACAUUCAUGUCAACAUUCAUGUCAACAUUCAUGUCACAUUCAAGUCAAACAUUCAUGUCAACAUUCAAGUCACAUUCAUGUCAAACAUCAAGUCAAACAUUCAAGUUUCAUGCAACAUUCAAGCCAACAUUCAAGUCAACAUUCAAGUCAACAUCCAAGUCAACAUUCAAGUCAACAUUCAAGUCAACAUUCAAGUCAACAUUGUCAACAUUCAAGUCAACAUUUCAACAACAUUAAGUCACAUUCAUUCAUGUCAAGUCAACAUUCAAGUCAACAUUCAAGUCAACAUUCAAGUCAAAAUUCAAGUCAACAUUCAAUCAAGCAUGUCAACAUUCAAGUCAACUCCAAGUCAACAUUCAAGUCAACAUUCAAGUCAAUUCAAGUCAACAUCAAGUUCAACAUCCAAGUCAAACAUUCAAGUCAACAUCAAGUCAACAUUCAAGUCAACAUUCAAGUCAACAUUCAAGCCAACAUUCAAGCCAACAUUCAACGUCAACAUUCAAGUCAACAUUCAAAUCAACAUCCAAGUCAACAUUCAAGUCAACAUUCAAGUCAACAUUCAUGUCAACAUUCAAGUCAACAUUCAAGUCAACAUAGUCAUCAACAUUCAAGUCAAACAUUCAAGUCAACAUCCAAGUCAACAAAACAUUCAAGUCAACAUUCAAGUCAAAUUCAAGUCAACAUUUCAAGUCAACAUCAAGUCAACAUUCAAGUCAACAUUCAAGUCAACAUUCAAGUCAACACAUGUCAAGUCAACAUUCAAGUCAACAUUCAUGUCAACAUUCAAGUCAACAUUCAUGUCAACAUUCACAUUCAAGUCCAACAUUCAAGUCAACAUCAAGUCAACAUUCAAUCAACAUUCAAAAGUCGAUCAAAGUCAACAUUCAAGUCAACAUUCAAGUCAAGUCAACAUUCAAGUCAACAUUCAAAGCCAACAUUCAAGUCAACAUUCAAGUCAACAUUCAAGUCAACAUUCAAGUCAACAAUCAUGUCAACAUUCAAGUCAACAUCAAGACAAGUCAACAUUCAAGUCAAACAUUCAAGUCAAACAAUCAAGCCAACAUUCAAGUCAACAUUCAAGUGUCAACAUUCAAGUCAAACAUUCAAGGUCAACAUUCAAGUCAACAUUCAAGCCAACAUUCAAAACAUUCAAGUCAACAUUAAUUAAACAUCCAGCAACAUUCAAGUCAACAUUUUCCAAGUGUCACAACAUCCAAGUCAACAUUCAAGUCAACAUUCAAGUCAACAUUCAAGCCAACAUUCAAGUCAACAUUCAAUUCAACAUCCAAGCCAACAUUCAAGUCAACAUUCAAGUCAACAUUCGUCAACAUUCAAGUCAACAUUCAAGCAACAUUCAAGUCAACAUUCAAGUCAACCAUUCAAGUCAAGCAUUCAAGUCAACAACCAAGCCAACAUCAAAAGUCAACAUUCAAGUCAACAUCAAGUCAUACAAUCCCAAGUUCAAACAUUCAAGUCAACAUAAGUCAACAUCAAUGUCAACAUCCAAGUCACAUUAA